GCGCCAUCUCGCCCUCAUCUCCUACCCGGUCCGCCAAACCCUAAUUAUGUGAUUCUGUUUUCCACCCGCUGUGAUUUCAUUUAGGUUUGCGAGAAUCGAUCGAGGUUCAUAGUCUCGUUGUAUCCUAACUGACACAUCAAUCCCAACUUGAUUGUCUUAGAUUGACUAUGCGUUGCUCCACAUGUUUUUUGUUAUUGAUAUGUUGAAGUUUUUGAGGGGGAGGUAUUGUUGAUCCAUGUUGCUUCCAGACUCCAGUUAGCCAUUCUUUAAACUAAUGUUGUGUAUAUACUGAUCCGUGCAGAGAUAAUGGACACAUCAAACCCUGCAAUUCUUGUGAAUGGAAACCUGCUGCCAACACAUGUGAGGAAGAGAGUCAGGACCGUGAUUCAAGUACUGAACUCCGAUCGGGGUUCAGUCAUUGGGAAAUCCACAGAUGAUCAGCAGCUAGUCAUAAAGGGCUCCCCGCCAUCUACGCCACUCACCAAGUUUGUGGAGGUCAUUGGCAUUGCUGAUUCUGACAAGUCCAUCCAAGCCGAGAUAUGGACCAACUUUGGCGACAACUUUGAUGCAUCUUCCUUCAAUCAGCUUUGCCAACUUGCAAAUGGUGAAUACCAGCACUUGUUCCUGUGAGCAGCCAGCACCCUGCCAAUGGGUUUAUGCAGUAGUUCAGUAGCUUGUGAAUUUUGCAAUCGGAUGAUGGUACUGUUUGUUUGGUUCUGAUAGUGUUACCUUUGAACAUGUCUUGUCUUUAGCUUUUGUUGGGAAUGGAAUUCAGAAUUAUGGGUCUCUAGUCUGUAGUUUCUGCUGCAUUGAGGGCUCUGACCGAGUUUUUGUUCGUAUUUGGGAUGCCUUGCAUUAUGUCCAGCAAAUUUGGGAUCGUUUUGCAAAUAUACCAAACGAAUGAAGAGAGAGAGAGAGAGAGAGAGAG